CUGGACAAUGAAUUUCGGAAACAAACAAGCCAAGCUUGCCGCAGUAUUAGGCAAACGCAAGAUAGUCUACGUGGACCUAGCAGCUAUUCAAACAAAGUUCAAUUAGCACCUCCUGAUAUUUCUAAGACUCCGAUAUUCACAGCUCCUUCCUUCAGUUACAUAAAUUACCUGAAGCACAUAGUUUUCGUCUAUGGAAUCGACAUUGUGUCUAUCAUUGUCUCAAUAGUGGUUUUCUCAAAGUUACUUGAUUAUAUCUUCCCGUUGAACGAAGACGCAUCUGCCGAAUUGAAUGUUUUCAACGCUCGUAUCAUUCCUGUAGAAGACUUAGGUUCAAGCAAUGAAGAGUUCAUAACAGGGGAGACCGUUAUUCCCGAGAAAACAGUGAAUUGGAAACAAAUAGCUGAGAUACGUGAACAUCUUAGACAGCAGCCGAAGACACUCCAGGAAGAACUCUGCAGCCAGGGUGUUUGUUAUCAAGUGUAUGAUUAUUCGUCUGGAACUGAUUACGAGUCGACUAUGCAACGUCGUCUAGUUCAGACAAAGGGAGGCAAGGAGAUGAAUUUAGGAACAGCUGAAUUGCAGAUACCUGAAGAGUUGUCGUGGGCCAAUGUUAAUACCUCAACAUGGAACAUUCACACUCUCGUUAUUGUUUCCCAACAUACGAAAGCAAUGAUGGCUUCAGCCUUCUUCACAGAG